UCACGUGAUCCAUCUUGUGACAACCGGAAGCAGGAACAAUAACAGCGUUAGGAUGCUUCUACAGCUGUGAUAGUUUUUAUUGGAUAAAUUAACGCAAACAUGACUUCCAUCAUAAAGGAAACGCAAAGCAUUAAAGAAGCAGUGAGCUUCAUCAACACAGUUGACGUGAACAAGUUCUCCAGGCUUCUGUCUCGCAUCAUACAAAAGCUUCAUGUGAAGGGGGAACGAACGUUCAGUGAAGAAGAAGAGGAAAAGCUGCAGGCUGCUCUGACCUUGGAUAAACAUGCUCUUGACUUGGUCCUGGAGACGACUGCCUUUAUUCUGGAGCAGGCAGUGUAUCACAGCAUAAAGCCGGCCUCUCUGCAGCAGCAGCUGGAGGAGAUCCAUCUAAACUCCGAUAAGGCUGAGGUGUUUUCUCAGGCCUGGGCCUCUGCUGGACCGGAGCUGGUGGAAAAACUGAAGCGCAACAUCUUUGCUCCUAAGAAGCUGGACUAUGUCAGCUGGCAGCUGAACCUGCAGAUGGCCCAGUCCAGCCAGGCUCGUAUGAAGUGUCCCAGUGCCGUCCUGCAGCUGGGGGUCCGAAAUGAAGAUUCUGAGUUACAAAACACAAGUGGAGUUUUCUUCUACGACUGAACAAAGCCAAGUUACUGAGUUGGAAGAAGUCAGCUCUGCAGAAGAGUGGAAAGGGUCAAGUCAGGAGAAUAACAUUUUACCUUUGUGCAAAACCUCUGAUGAUACUCUGCUUCUGAGCUGUAAGAGUUUUCAUGCAAUUUAAAUCUGUAGCUAUCCAAUAUUUUAUUACGCACCUACAGGUGAUUUCAUCUUUUUUUUAAUUACCCCUCUUGCCCAAUAUCUAUAGUCAACAUAGAAAAAUAUUUAUUUAUCAGAAACCCUUGAUGGCGUUUUCUUUUUAGAAAACCUUGUCAUGAGUAACUUCCUUUGGAAAUACGUUUACUCUUUACCUUACGAUUUACAAAGAAAACAUUAAAAGUAAAACUCCUAUUUUUCUGGUAUGACAUUUGAUAAUAUAAAGCUUUUUGUCUAUUCUCUUUUGGUCGUUUUAUAAGAGUACAUCAUGAUUACUUGAAUUUACUUUAUUUCCUCUUAGAGAUUGCUGAAAAUCCGAGUGGCAAAAUAUAUAGAGCAACUGGACUGUUGCAACUAUGAUGUGCCUUAUUACCGAUCCUUGUGUGAAUAUUUUUUAAAAGUGAUUUGUUGUUUCGAUAUGAAAGAUUGAUUGUAUUCUUGGUAAGGAGAGUGUCAUUAUUCAUCAUUAUAUAAUUUAUGGAAGAAUACCCCAAAACCAUUUCAUCCAAGUCAUGCAAAUUUAAGUUUAAUUCCAUCUUACACUAAAGUUAUAUUUGUAUAAUUUUAAUUAAAAAGUUGAAAAUAAAUAUAAUUUUUUUUUCAUUAUUCUGUCAAAAAUAUAGAAAAAGAAGCCCCAAUCCAAUAACUUCCCUUGUUAAAAAGAUUUUGUGUUCAGGAUUGUUUGUAAUCAAGUCAAAACAUAAUCUGUGCUUAAAUUUUACCAAGUAGUUUUCCUAUUAAGAAACCAAAACAAAGCAAAUUGGCAAAGCAAGUCUCAUUAGAGAGUCACUACUAAUCUGAAAGAUGUAAAAUCAGAUGGAAAUUCCCUGAAUCACAUCUAAUGUGCCUCCAGAAAAAAAUCUAUAUUCUGGCUCUGUAUAAUGUGUAAUGCAGUCUUUGUGAUUAAACUCAUCAGUCCCUCAUCAGAUGACACACUUUUUGUGGAUGUUUAUAUUUCUAAAGUGCCAUCUGUCUGCAUUAUUCUUUGAGUCUAAACUCAUCACUGCCUCUUCUCGCACUUCUAUUUGCACAAGCAAUCUUGAAAUCAUACAAAACACAUUUAUUGAGCAUUUAAGUACAUACAUUUUGUUUAUCUUUUUACUCGUCGUGCAGACUUACCUCCCUGUCACUACUUAGCAACAAACAACAAUCCUUCUUCCUGCAGGUGGUAAAACUCGUACAGAACCUUCUCCAUACAACCAUAAUCCAAGUCUAAGGAUAACUGCAAUUAGUAGUUUAUCAAAUUACUUUGAUUCCAUCUAUAAAUACAUAUGUAGUCAAACCCACAUAAACAGCUAACAUUUUGAGAGUCGUAUUCUGUGUUGACAUCAUCAGGUUUUAAAGCCCUCAAAAGAGACCCCAAUGGUUGUUUGUUUGUCAACUCUUUUACGGUCUGAAGAAAUGGUUGUAUAACAGCUAAGAGUUUACUGUCUGUAGCCAAAAUGCUCAUUUGUUCCUUUGAUUUUGCACAAUCAAGUCGGUGUGAUUUCGUGUUUUCACCUCAGCCACCAGCGCAUGACUGACUGUGACAGCUAAGAUGUACCAAUAAAGGUGAUUGUUUCACUUGUGAA